AUGGUACAUACCCAGCAGGAGUAUUCGCAAUCAGCAUAUCAGUCACCUCGACCUGAUUCGGCUAGACUCUUUACAGGUUUGCGUCAAGCGUUGAGUCCAAACUCCCAGUCUAAUGCAGUUGUGCAACGGAAUUCGGAGAACAAUUCCGUUUCACAAGGCGGCGAAGCAUCAAUCGGGAUCGGCAGACAAAGCAACAUUGAUGGCGUGCUCGCAGGAAAGGAUCUCUAUUACAUGCCGAUGAACUCGGGAUCCAGUCGCUUGGAAGGUCCCAGGCCGGAUAUGUUCAACUCUCCAAAUAUGCGAGGAACGAAACGAAGCCGCGAAGUCGAUGCAGAGGACGGCGAUGUAUCGCGCAAACAUGGCAAACGACUCACAACUAAAGAAGAAGUCUCUCUUUUCGAGCUUUGUAAUCGCCAUGCCGACACUUUCGGCAAGCGCAGUGACAUAUGCAACUGGUGGAAGACCAUUGCCGCAGAAUUUACACGUAUUCAUGGACGUCCGUACUCGUGGCAUUCGGUGCGACGCAAAGUGGAAGUCGUCACCAAGCAACGCAUCAAAUUUAUUGACGACCAGCGGCAGCGACAAAGAGAACUAUCCGGUCCCAACCCAGUCCAAGACCUAAUGAACCCGCAGUGGUGCGCGGUUCUUGAUUCGUGGAUCCCGACCUGGCAGCGCUGGGAGAAAGCCGAGGCGCAGCGAAUCUCGAAACGCGAUGAGAUGAUUCGAAGGCGCUCGCAUAGCAGGCCUCAACCGGACCUGGGAGAAGACGUCGGGCAUACGUUCCAGGACGACGAUACGGCCUCGCCUGAUGUUCUCCCUCUUACGAAUCACAACCCCACGACUGCCCCAACUCUAGUUCCACCUCAGUUGGAAUUUCCUUCAUCUUCCAUCUCUGCAUCUGUCAAACUACCACCAGGUUUCGAGAAUAUGUUCUCAAACAAUCAGUCUGCUAUGCCCGUGCCUUCCGCGCCUGUGCCUGUACCUACAUCUCCAUCUACAGGUUCAGGUUCAGACCAAGCAGGCAAUCGUAUGGUCAGUGCCGUGAUCGAAACUCUGGGCAAGCUCAACAAACAUCUCGAUGCAGCCUCAGGAGAUGGCAGUACCGACGCACGGGCUUCACCCGUAAUCUCAGCAUUGGUACAAGCUGCGACAGAGUCACAAACCCAGAACAAUUCGCCAAUACCGGCAGAUAUUAACCGCAUCAAAGAAGAACUCCGUCAGGAAAUGAAAGCUGAGAUGCGACGAGAGCGUGCAGUCCUUGAAGAGAGAUUGGAUUCCCUGCAGAGGACACAGGAGAUGAUUCUUGAGAUGUUGAGGCAGAGGUCCGCAUAA